AUGGGCCAAUGCUGCUCCAAGGGUGCCGGCCACGCCGGCGACGACAGCAAGGAGCCGCCCGCGCCGCCCGCAGCCCCAAAGGUGGAGCCCGUUGCGUCGUCGUCGACCGGGAGCACCGUCCCCGCUCCACCGGCGGCCCCCAAUGCCAAGGCGGGCAGCAAGCCGCCAGCCCCGCUGGGCGACGUGCUCGGGCGCGCCAUGGAGGACGUGCGCGCCACAUACUCCAUCAGCAAGGAGCUCGGGCGCGGCCAGUUCGGCGUGACCCACCUGUGCACGCACCGCUCCACCGGCGAGAAGCUGGCGUGCAAGACGAUCGCCAAGCGGAAGCUGGCGACCAGGGAGGACGUGGAGGACGUCCGGCGGGAGGUGCAGAUCAUGUACCACCUCUCCGGCCAGCCCAACAUCGUGGACCUCCGCGGCGCCUACGAGGACAAGCACAACGUGCACCUCGUCAUGGAGCUCUGCGCCGGCGGCGAGCUCUUCGACCGGAUCAUCGCCAAGGGCCACUACACGGAGCGAGCCGCCGCGGCGCUCCUCCGCGCCAUCGUCGGCAUCGUGCACACCUGCCACUCCAUGGGGGUGAUGCACCGGGACCUCAAGCCGGAGAACUUCCUCCUGCUGAGCAAAGGGGAAGAUUCGCCGCUCAAGGCCACCGACUUCGGCCUCUCCGUCUUCUUCAAGGAAGGCGAGGUGUUCCGGGACAUCGUCGGCAGCGCCUACUACAUCGCGCCCGAGGUGCUCAAGCGGCGCUACGGCCCGGAGGCUGACAUCUGGAGCAUCGGCGUCAUGCUCUAUAUCUUCCUCGCCGGUGUCCCACCAUUCUGGGCCGAGAACGAGAACGCCAUCUUCACCGCCGUCCUGCGUGGACAGGUCGACUUCAACGGCGAUCCGUGGCCAACCAUCUCCUCAGGUGCCAAGGAUCUUGUCAAGAAGAUGCUCAACAUCAACCCCAAGGAGAGGCUCACGGCCUUCCAAGUCCUCAAUCACCCAUGGAUCAAAGAAGACGGAGAUGCACCCGAUACGCCACUAGACAACGUCGUCCUCAACAGGCUGAAGCAAUUUAGGGCCAUGAACCAGUUCAAGAAAGCUGCACUGAGGGUUAUAGCUGGGUGUUUAUCGGAAGAGGAGAUCAGGGGGCUCAAGGAGAUGUUCAAAAACAUCGACAAAGACAAUAGUGGCACGAUCACACUCGAAGAGCUCAAGAACGGGCUAGCAAAGCAGGGCACAAAGCUGUCAGACAAUGAAAUUGAGCAACUGAUGGAAGCAGCUGAUGCAGAUGGCAAUGGACUGAUCGACUAUGAGGAGUUCGUCACCGCGACGGUUCACAUGAACAAGAUGGAUAGAGAGGAACACCUCUAUACAGCAUUCCAGUACUUCGACAAGGACAACAGUGGCUACAUAACAAAAGAUGAGCUCGAGCAAGCCUUGAAGGAGAAGGGAUUGUAUGAUGCCAAAGAGAUCAAGGAUAUCAUCUCAGAAGCUGACACUGACAAUGAUGGGAGAAUAGAUUAUUCAGAGUUUGUGGCAAUGAUGAAGAAAGGAACGGGCACCGCCGAGCCAACAAACCCAAAGAAGAGGAGAGAUCUAGUUAUAGAGUGAAACAUACAGAGUAGCUCAAAAAAAGCAGAUGUACAGUCACCACCAGUGCAGUAAGCACAACGGAAUCCUCUUUGCAGAUGCUUCUCAGCUUGAGCUCAAAUUCAUGGAUGGAUUUGCACAAUCUACUUACUGGUUGCUGGGGAGUAUCAUUUGAAUUGGAAUCCACAUACAUACCCAUCAAUUUGGGAAAGAAAGAUGGAUUUGUCUCCCACCUGUGCAUUUUUGUCAUCUUGCACAUGUUGGUGGUGCACAAGCCCACAAGGACACAAGCUUCUGCUGAUGUGGUUGAGGGAGAAGAACCAUAGAGGGAAGAGAAAUGGAUGAAGUCAUGAAGAAUGGUCUUCACUAACAACUUCAAGACUGCAUAUAGUAUGUAGCGAGGCCAGAUGAAACGAUGUACUUAUGUUACAACAGGUCUGAACCGAAAUAGAUGGUUCGAUGUACUUAUGUUACAGCCAGAUGCAUAUGAUAAGUUGACAAAAGUUUCA